AGGAACAUGAUAGGAUUACUUGGUGGCAGCAGCGUUGUAUCACCAUGACAAAACGAAUAUUCUUUUUCUUCAUUUACCGCAACUUCAAAUUCAAAAUUUAAGCCAAAUAGAUUCACUCGUUCACAGUCAUCCAUCAAGUACAAACCAUAUUGUUUUAAAAUCAUCAGCAUUAAGUUAACACAAAAUCUUUCAAGAGAUCAAUUAAUCGCUGUCAUAUCACAAUGACCGAUUCUAUUUCCAGGGUUUCAGUGGAGAAUGAUGUGAAUGGCCCAAUUGAUCCUCCUUGCACAGAUGUUAUUGUGGUUCGUCAUGGGGAAACAGAUUGGAAUGCUUUUGGUAAAAUUCAGGGGCAGUUGGAUGUUGAAUUAAAUGAGAUUGGGAGGCAGCAAGCAGUGGCGGUUGCUGAUCGACUCUCGAGGGAGCCUAAUAUAUCCGCUAUAUAUUCAUCUGAUUUGAAAAGGGCUCUUGAGACUGCGGAGAAAAUAGCUUCCAAAUAUGGUGGGCUUGAGGUUAUAAAAGAGAAAGAUCUACGUGAAAGGCAUUUAGGAGACCUGCAAGGACGUGUUUAUCAAGAAUCAGCCAAGCUGAACCCUAUAGCUUAUGCAGCAUUCAAGUCUCACAGAUCUGAUCAAGAAAUUCCGGGUGGUGGUGAAAGUCGUGAUCAGCUGUAUAAACGCUGUACGUCUUUGUUGCAGAAGAUUGGUGAAAAACAUAGAGGGGAACGAGUAAUUGUAGUCAGUCACGGGGGUGCCAUAAGAUCACUAUUCAAUCGAGCAGCAGCCAAAGGACAAAACCCUGGAAAAAUAAUGAAUACAUCAGUUGGUAUAAUUCAGUUGUUUGAUGGAGACAAGUGGUGUAUCAAAUCAUGGAAUGAUGUUAGUCAUCUCACAAAAACGGAAUUUCUAGAGUCUGCUUUUGGCGGGGAUGCUUCUUCAGGAUAGUUCAUCCUUUUUAUUGCAAUUGAUUUAGACUAAUGAUUUGUGCAAGAAAUGUAUAUUAUAUGCAAUUAGUUGGGAAAAAAAUUGGACUUUGAUGUAAAGGCCCUCUCUAAUAACUCUGUUUAAUUUUUAUAAUAAAAGUAUCACUGUUUCUGCAAUCCUGGCAUGGUUUCUGUAUUCAAAGGUUACUUACAGUUAUCCUGCAAGGCUGCAAUAGAAGGUCAAUCUGUCUACCUUUGGCUUUGUUCUACUCGAAACAUUGGCCCCAACAACAUAUGUUAAGGUUUUCAUUUAUAUUAUUGAGCCGUAUGUUGACUUUAUUCUUUGACCGAGAACCUGAUGAGACGUUUUU